AUGAAGUCAGGGCCAAUUUUUGGAGAUUCCAACAAACAAGAGAAAAUGGGAUUCAAUCCAGACCAUUUCACCAAGUAUUCCAAGUGGAUUGUCACGGAAAUCGAGACUGGCUUCAUCCACCUCCAGUACAACAACCCGAAAACCUUGAAUGCUUAUGCUGAAAGAGAUUGGAGAGACUACUUGGAGAUUCUCACGGCAUUGGAGAAUGAUCCAGAUACCAACGUUAUUUUGAUUUCUUCGGCCGUGCCUAAGGCUUUCUCUUCCGGUCUUAACUUGACCGAGAGUAUGGAGUUGUUAGGUAACAAGUCCGACUGGUCACUUGAGGCCAGACAAAAAUUCCUUCACAGACACAUCAUUGAGUUUCAGGAGGCCAUUGCGUACCCGACUAGAAUGAAGACUCCCACCAUUGCGUUGUUGAACGGAGUUUCGUACGGUUUGGCUUUAGACAUUGCGUCAGCCUGUUCCAUCAGAGUUGCCGUGGAAGGCACCAGGUUCUCUGUGCGAGAAAUCAAGAUCGGCCUUGUGGCAGACAUGGGCUCAUUGCAAAGAAUGACCAAUUUGGUUAAUAACAAGUCCAAAAUGUAUCAGCUUGCUUUGACAGGUGAAGUGUUUUCUCCGCAGGAUGCUUUGGAUCUUGGGUUUGUGUCGAAAGUUGUACCAGACUUGAAGUCCGGUGUAGAAUACUGUACCGAGUUGGGUCUGGACAUCAACUCUAACAUUCAGUGGGCAAUCAAGGGAACAAAAGCUUCUAUCCAGCAAAUCGUUGACGGGGGUCACCAUGAGCAGGGCUUAGAGGAUGUUGCUGUAUUCAACGCCAUCAACCUUGCUGGUGGACCUGUGACACUCGAGUAUGGAAAGGCCAAGCUUUAG